AUGCCUUCUUCCAUCACCCAAAUUCAUAAGCGCCAUGCAUACGGCAAGGAUGCUCACACUUAUUAUCCGGUCCUCAUAGUAGGUGCUGGAGAGUCGGGAGUGGCUAUGGGUUGCCGGCUCAAAGAGGUCCUGGGAACAGACCAGUUCCGAAUUUUCGAGCGUCAGUCAGGUAUUGGAGGUACCUGGUGGAUCAAUAGGUAUCCGGGAAUUGCUUGCGACGUACCAGCGACAUUCUACUCUUUCUCCUUUGCUCUGAAAAAGGACUGGUCCACACUUCAUCCUCCCGGUCCAGAAAUAGCACAGUAUUUGGCAGAUGUCUGCGAGAGAUAUCAAAUUGUGGACAAGAUUCAGUUGAAUACCGAUGUCAAGGAACUUCGAUGGAUCGGGGAUGACGAGGAAUGGGAGGUUACGCUCUCGCACCUCGUCCCUGGAACCGGCGAUUUGACUCAACACGAACGAGAUCGAAUCGCGGCCCAGGAUGGCCAUCAGAAGAUCUACGUUAAUACAGAAAUUGUGCGAGCCAAGGUGGUCGUGAGUGGUGUUGGCGGGCUGGUAGAACCGAACACAUGGCCGAAGGACAUCCCAGGUAUUGAACACUUCGAAGGUGACAUCAUGCAUACGGCCCGCUGGAACAACCAGAUCGAUUUGAAAGACAAGAAUGUCAUCAUGAUUGGUUCCGGCUGCAGCGCCGCGCAGGUAGUGCCCGAGCUGGCCAAGCCAGAGGCCAAUGUUCGAUCCAUUACCCAACUCAUGCGAACGCCUCCGUGGGUCGAGCCUGAUACAAUUUCUCCUGAAUAUCUCCCUGUGUACGAAAAAUGGUCGCCUAGACUGGUGACUAACUUGCCUGGACUGGCGUUAUUCAUGCGAUGUGUUGUUUUCCUCAUUAUGGAAAAAAACUUCCAGGAUAUGUUCACGGACACUGCAUGGAGCCGAAGAGCGCGGCCGCAGUUAGAGAAGAAGUUUUUGGACCACAUGCGUCAAAUUGCGCCGGAGAAAUACUACGAGAUUCUGACACCAAACUACAGCCUCGGCUGUAAGAGACGGGUCAUCGGCGGCACUUGGUAUCGCAGUCUCAAUGCUCCAAACGUGGAGCUAACUACUCAGCCUUUGACAAGGGUUAAUGCAAAGAGUGUGACUCUUGGUACAGGCCGCCACUAUCCACCGCACAAGUCUGAAGAUGCAGUUGAGGUUAGAGAGAUUCCCGCCGAUGUGAUCAUCAUGGCCAACGGGUUUGAAACCAACCAAUGGCUGCACCCACUGAAGGUGAUUGGCAGGGAGGGCAAAGAUCUGGAAGAGGUUUGGGCGGAGCGUGGAGGUGCCCAGGCAUACCAGGGUAUCGCAAUGGAUUCUUUCCCAAACUUCUUUAUUAUUUUCGGCCCGAAUACCGCAACGGGCCAUACCAGUGUUAUCUUUGCAACGGAGAAUGCGGUAAACUACUCGUUGAACUUUAUCAAGCCGAUCUUAGAUGGUCAGGUCAGCUCGUAUGAAGUCAAGGAGGAUGCCGAGCGUGAAUGGACUCAGCAGGUGCAGGAUGCGCUUCAGAAGAGUGUGUUCCGUCGUGGGGCUUGCUCUAGCUGGUACAUCACUGCCGAUGGUUGGAACUCAACCACAUAUCCAUUCACUCAGGUUCACUAUUGGUUGCGUUGCAAAUUCCCCGUGUGGCGGCAUUGGACCGCGAAACUCACGAGAAAGGGACGGAUUUUGCGAGGUGUUCGAAUGACUCUCCAUGGUGCCCUCAUCUUUGGGCUUAUUACAACCAUUGGCUUCUUGAGAAAGAACCCUCAGCAGAAGGCUCAGUUGGAGCAGUCAUUGCUGGCCGGAAAGGAGUGGCUGGCCUCGGCGGUUUCGCAAUUGAAGCGAUGA